AUGUUGCCUUACAAAUCAACAACAGUGAACAACUUUGAUGAAUAUUUAAUUACAUUUCUUAACAAGGCAGACGACAGAAUCGCUCAACUAUUGAAAAAAUCAACAGAUAUGCGAAAUGGUGGUGGAAAAGUUCAAAAGAGCACUGAAGCAAUAAGAAAUGGACAAGUCUGGCAAGACGCACCUUAUAUGGCUCGUAUCGUUUUUGGUACUGGAGAACAUAAUUUUGAAGGAGGUGGAGCAAUUUUUUCACAUCGUCACAUUCUCGCAGCUGGUUUUGUUGUCAGUCCGGUAUCCCCUGUAUUUAAUGUUUGGGUUGGAGGAUCAACAAGAACAACCCAAAGAGCUGUUGCUGUGCAAUCACGUGUUCAACAUCCCAACUACAGUCUAUUCCCUCUGACUAACGAUAUUGGAAUCGUUACACUAGCCGCUGAUCUUGUUUUCGAUAGAUUUGUUCGCCCAAUCGCAUUACCACCUCUUGGAACGUCAAUGAUUCCAUACGAUAACGAACAAGGAACAGUUUUAGGUUUUGGUGGAGCUCCUGGUGUUGCCAACACAAGAGAACAUCUUCAAGCUGCAUUUAUGAGAGCGACGACACCUGCAAGGUGCAAUUCAUUUUUUCAACAUUCAGUGGCACAACAAUUUUGUGCUGAAGACGCACGUUUGAGAUCAGAAGUUUGUUUCAAUGAUAUCGGCGGUCCAUUUGUCGUUUUACGUCGUGGUGAAGAAGUUUUGGUUGGCGUUAUUUCAGAUCCUUUUUGUAUUGCUGUUCCAACAUCUGAGCCAGCUCUCUUCACAAGAGUUUCUGCGUACAGAACGUGGAUUAAUCAAAUGACAUCAGUAUGA